AUUACACGUCUCAUCGGAAAUCUGAGCCUAGCCGCCGCACUACACCGGCGAGCAACUCCGCCUCCCAUCGCCCCCUGACCAACAAAUCUCGACCGUACUCCGCUCGUCGACCCCGCCGCCCUCGGCUCGCUCUGGUCCGUCUCGGCCCAUCGACGGCACCCACCCCGUCGCCCUCGGCUCAUUCUAGUCCGGCUCGUCCGACCGACGGCACUGACGCCGCCGCACUCGGCCUCGUGCUCCACGUCCGGCUCCUCCCGCCGACGCCACCGCCCUCGGCUUGCUCUGGUCUGGCUCCUUCCACCGAUGGCACAGACGACCCCGCCCUCGGUUACCUUCAAGUGCUGCACAUCCGGCAAGGUGAGGACGAGAUCCACAGCUCACCUGUUAAUUAAGAUUUUGGUGCUUUUCUGUAUCCUACACCAGAUAUGAGUCUGCUGAAAAAAAAGAUGAAUGUUGGUUCAAUGUCUUGUAACGCCAAAGACUCGUAUGAUCUUUAAAUAUUGGGUAUACAGUGACAUUUGGGUUGUUUGGAUCUGUGUCAAUUUGAAAUCUAUACAAAAUUUUUCCUUGUGUGAAAUUCAUGUUAUUUGUCAUUUGUCAUAUAUACUUGCCAUUUGAACUUGCAACCUUCUGUAUACAACACCAGGGUAUCUGGGUAUGGCUGUCCAUUGAGUAAUAAACAAAUCAAAAUAUACAAGUGAGGAGUUGGAGUUGACAGCCUAGCUCUUUGACAAAUUCCAAAAUGUGCUUGUGGAGUUGGGAGUUGAGAAUUUGGAGUAGUGGAGGGUUCCUAAAGAGGGCCUGAUCAAUCGUCUCGAUCCAAUCCAUGGAUGGAGCGAUAGAGAACGCGGGGGCGGGGGCAAGCCCGGGAGGGGCUGGGACGGCGGCGGCGGGGGAGCCGACGUGGUGCUGGAGUGGACCUUGCCGGUGCCAGCGCCUGUCGGUGUGCUACCAGAGGCGUUCGCCAAUCACGACGACCUCAUCCUCCUUGAGGCCGGCGACGACCUCCUACUCGACCACCUGCAGGGUCGGUAAGCCCCUCCCAUCGAGAUUACCCUGCUGAUCCAAUAACCGGUCCUUAGAAGUCAGAACCACGCUCUUUAUUCAGAUCAUCAAUUAGGGCCAUCAACUGUCAAGUUCCUAGACCAAUCGAUGUAGUAUCUAAGUUGAUAUGUAGUUCUUCACUAUUAGCCCAUUAGUCAGAUGAGUGCACGGUCUGUGGAAAAGAGCACCACCAUGAAAAAUACACGUUGACUGUUCCCGAGCCGAAGGCCGAGGCUGGUUAAAUAAACAGUGAAAUGUACUACAGCUAUAUUAUUAAAUCACAUCCUUGCACCACUAGUUCAGCUGCAAUAGAGUUAUCAUUAUCUGUUGAGCUACUGUUGUACAGUAGGCGCACAUGGUGUUUCCAUCUGCGAGAAAAAUUGAUGCAGAGUGAAAGUAUGGGGCCGCCCUGAAGAAGAAGCUGCUGCUGUUCUCUGCACAUGAUGUUCGUGGGCACAUCCAAUUCCAUGUUCCUGAUGCCAGGUGGCAAAGCAGUUGCGCCAAGCCUAAGACCUGACCACUCCAAUGAAGAUGGUACUGUCGCCAAUGAUGUGCUCGCUUCGAUCAUCAAAGUUGCACCUGGUAGCAUCGAAUUAGUCUGAACGGCUCUGCGGCUCGACAAGCUAAGUAGCUUUGUCAGGGAGAGGCCAAAUGUGUUUGAUGAGGAUCUUGGAGAUGGCUUCGGACAUAAGAAGGGACAGUACACGUGGCAAGAUCUCUGUGUGCUUGUUCAGUCCAGCGACAGCGAGCUGGUGGAUGGGCUGAACUCCUCUGGACAUGAUUCUGCACAACUCCUUGUUGCAUGACUGGCUGUGCCAGAAAAUGCUGUGCUAUCUGUCAUGGAAUCUGAUGCUUUUACCCGUAAGAUUGUAACCCACUGCCUCGGCAGAUUUGGCAUGAAGGUUGAGCAGGAAGCAGGAAGCAGGAAGUUUGCCUGAAGAGCGCUCGGCGCAGGAAAGAUGAAACUCGACAGCUUCAUAGAGAUAUGGGAACGAAGCAUUCCUUCAGGAAUGCAUGCAGACUUGCAGAUGAUUCAAGGGGAAGUGCUAUAUGAAAGGCUUUGGGCUAAUAUCUGGGUGCAUAGUUUAAGUGUUGCUGAUCUGCCAUUGACGCCAGCUGAGAGGUUAGCAAUACCAUUCCGGGAGCAGCCAAGGUGGGUGUGGAAAGACCUGCAGCCCUACAUUAGGGACUUGUGAAGGACUUCUGAUCAAAUAUGCAAGACGAAGAAAAUUCAAAAAAUAAAUAAAUGCAAAACGAACACAACCAAGGGCUAACGCCGACCCUAUUUUCACUGCUAGAUGAUCAACUUAUCCUUCUACACCCACGCUUUGAUUCUGGCCCUUGCUACUGCUGGUGUUGUUGACAUGGUUUUGGUCCGGACAUUGUCAGUAGAUUGCUGCAACUGCAUUUCAUGCAAGCCACAAUGAUAUUGGCGACAACAAACGAGGAUUUCUUGUGCCAUUCAGAGUGUCCGAUCCAGCUUUAUGGUGCAGACAGGGCCAGGACAGGAUAUUUGUAUCUCUGCAUGGUUGUAAGAAUCAUCUUUAGAAAAUGAAUAAGAAAAGGAAAAAGGAAAAAAAGCAGCACAUUGCUUCAUGCUUUGGCAAAGAGGAAAAGGGCAGCAUGAAGCAAAUUGUGAAAGCAACAAGCAAAGAAUCUUAGAUGCUUUAAUCAGGGUGAGGAGGCAAAUUUCUGGGGUCCAACGCGUGCUUCUAGCUUCAAAGCGCAAACUGCAACUGUUGCAUAUUUCCAUUUCUACUCUAAUCUGGCGGUGCACUAGAACUAUAGCAUAAGUUGAUCGGACUAUUUCAGAAAGUUCAGUCCAAGUUUUUGUGCUUCAAGCUGCUCUUCUCCUGUCGAGGUGAUAGCAAGAAAUCUUCAGUGAUGGGUUAGAUUAUUAUAUUUUCUGCUGCUCUCCUGGCCUUCGGCAGAGGAAUUCAUCAUGAGUCUUCCUCAAUUGGAAAUAUUUGCGAAAGAUGUUGAUGAAGCGAGAGAGGAGAUAUUUCGAGUUCUUCCGAUGAUGGACCGCAGUGUAAGGAUCAUCUAUUUUGAUGGUUGGGGUGGAUUUGGGGUGUCGGCAGUUCUGCGAUCUAUAGCGAAAGUGCUUCCGUCUGUGAGAACCGCUCCAGAACUAUGCUUUGACAGAAUAAUUCAUAUAGACUGCUCAGAGUGGAAAAGUGAAAGAACAAUGCAGAGAUUAAUUGCAGAGGAACUGAAACUUGACCACUCAGUGAUAUCCAUUCUAGACAAGCAAGAUGAAGAGGAUGAUUUUAGUGGAGUUGACGAAAGUUCAAGGAGUGUAAUAGAACGUGUUGGGCAAAUGAUUGAUCAAACCCUGAGGGGCAGCAAAUUUAUGAUGAUUUUUCUUAAUGGAAGUGAUGUUGAGUUUGACAUAGGCGCCUUUGGUCCCCCAUUUGCAAGAUUUGGCGACAACAUGAUGAUAUGGACCUUCAAAAGAAGAUUCCUGACCAUGAAUCACUGGCGUUCCGAGAUAGCAGACAAGCUAAGAUACACUCACACUCUUUCUUGUGUCCACCCUAUGAUCACAGAACGACUAACAAGUUCAGAGUUUCAAGCAAUACUACGUGAAGAGGCUGCUGCCAUAGUUGCUCGGAGUCCAUGUAUGCUGGACAUCGACCCAACAAUGGUUGCAGAUUGUUGUCUCUAUCAGUUAUUCCUGCAUUGUAACUUCCACACCUUUCAAUGGGUUGCUCAUGCUUCCAACUGUUGGAUGUGCGAUGGGAUCAUACAAGGGGACAGAGCAAGGGAUAUCAGUAUUGCAUUGCAUGGAAAGUUAAAUUGGGAGCGUGGUGCUCCUUUGGUUAAUGGUGUGCUUAGGAAGUUCAUGAAACAUACGGAGCCUCCUUUUCUGAUACUUCAAGAUGAUGAUGUCUAUGAAGAAGGGCCAUACCGCUGGAUUUCAGUCACAUCGAGGAAUACGAAAUUACAUGGUUUGCAAACUAUACCUGCAGCGGCAUCAUCUUUCUUCUUGGCAUUUGAAAGAUCGGAUUACCCAAUUCCGUUGCCACAUGGCUUGUUUGAGCAUUCCAACAACCUUGGUGUGUUAGUUCUCUGUUGUUGUGCCUUCAGUUUUGCAGCACCUCCUUUCCUGAAAAGCCAUCGCCUAAGAUUCCUUGGACUGGACUGUUGUAUAGAUGACCAAACUGGUGACGGAGAGGAUCAUACAGAGUGGACAAGUUUGUAUAGCCUGUGGGUGCUACACCUUUCUUACACAGACUGGAAUGAAAUAUUAUCUGAAGAAAAGAUGGAUCUCAUGACUAAUAUCAAAGAGCUCAAUAUAGAGGGAACAAGGUGUUGGCAGUACACCGCUGACUUGCAAGGGCGGCUACCUAACCUUCUAAGGCUCCGAAUAAUCAAACCAACAUGUCAAUGGGAGACAUCCAGGGAUGUUGGCAACUCCUUUAUGGAUAAGACAAGGAUAGAGAUACUUGAUUUAUCAGGUAACACUGAGAUGGAAGUUGUGCCAACAAGCCUAUCAAAGGCGAGUGGACUUCGAGUGCUUGUACUUGAUGGUUGUGAUGGGGUGGAAAACAUUGAUGGCCCUGGUGGGCUUCCUUCGUCCAUUGAGUCCUUCAGCUUUGAUGGUUAUGGCCCAGCUUUCGAAUGGACACCAAGCAUUGAACUACCUUUCAAACAUUUCUGUCCACCUACGACAACAGAAACAAAUAAUAGGGAUAUCAAAGUCUCCAAGAUCUCCUUAGCAGGGUGUAAACAGUUGAAAAAUCUGUUCCUGCGUGGGCUACCCAACCUCUUGGAGCUGGACCUCUCUGGAACUGCAAUCAAGAUACUAGACUUCGAAACUAUGGUGGUGCAAGUCCCAGGGCUCAAGCGGCUAUUUCUUAUUGGAUGUGAGCACCUUCGUGCAAUAAAUUUUCCAGGCAAGAGUGACUUUGAGAGAAAUCUGGACCUGGAGCUGCUGUACAUAGACACACGACCUGAAGCUGCGUGUGAUCGGUCAACUAUUGAAGAGAACAAUUCCUCCCAGUUGCAGGUGAAUGCUAUAAUAACUGAUGCAAGGCUAGUCCGGUCAUUGCACUCUUUAAUAUAUUAUGGUAUGAAUAGCCCCAGAGAUGUUUGUUUUGAUAUCCAAGUCACCUCCUCACCUGUGUCUGUUGGGCCUGUUCAACCGGAAGCACCAUGCAGUGAUAAGAUUGGUCAUUCUGAAGAAGAGAGCCUGAAUCAGCUUGUUCCAGCACACCGAUACAGCGAUGUCAGUAGCAUGAUUGGUGAUGCAUCACUCCCAAUGCAGGCUUUCCCGCCUCCGCCUAUGAAGUUGGAUCGGCAUGUUGAGAUCGCUGAAGGGAGCCAUUUCUUGGAGAGCGAGUUGGACAAAUAUCGUGGUCUAGGUGGCCUGAUGGAUUUAUACGCUGAAUCGCUGCACGUGCAUGAUGUCCCGGUAUGUGCUAUUGUGCCUCCUCCAUUUUGGGGGAACAAGCUUAGGCACUUCUGCGUUGAGAGGUGCUCCAAGGUGGACGCCGUCUUCCAAACGAGCCCGGACGGAUUGCUGAAGCUAGAGACUUUAUGGGUGUCGCAUCUCCUAAUGGCCCGUUGGAUCUGCAGUAAAGGCUACCACUUCACCGGUGGUACUUUCAGAAGUUUGCAGCACCUACAUGUGCGCUCCUGCCCCAGCCUCCAGUUUGUGCUCCCGGUGUGGUUCCCCUCCUUCCCUAGCUUGAAGACACUAUACAUUAUCCACUGCAGCAACCUCAAGCACAUCUUCACACUGGACAAUGAGUACCCAGAAGAAAUAGCCGUCCAGGGUGUACUAUUCCCAAAGCUGACCACCAUACACCUUCAUGACCUACCGGAGCUGCAGCAGAUAUGCGAGUUCAAGAUGGUGGCUCCGGCAGUCAAGACCAUCGUGAUCAGAAGAUGCUGGAACCUGUGUCAUCCGCUGCCGGUUGUGGCCACCGAUGACAUAGAGAUCGAGAAGGAUGGCUGUGUCGAGGUGGAUGCUGGCCACCACCCUGACAGUUGGACGCCCCGAUACAAGAUGAAACUGCCCAGGGUCUCCGUCCUCAGAUAGUGAAUUCUGCACCGAUGUGUUUCUUCCACCGUGACAUGGGACUUGGAUGGAUGGUUGUGCUCCUAUGGUUGAUGCUGCUGCUGCAUGCGCUUGGCCUUUUCGUGUGCUCUCGUGGAUAGCCACACACCUCUGGGUUUUUGGCUGGGUGUUCAAUUCGAACACGGAAGGAAAAGCUUCAGCCUUCAGGUGCGUGGGCUGUCACGCCGUCGAUCACCUUGAUCUUAUGGCUUUUGUGGCAUCUUGUUGUGUAGGUGUGAGCUUUUGGUGGCUCUCACUCGCCUUCGUGGCUCUGGAAUAAGAAGCUGUCUGGUAUGCGCUUGUGUCUACAUGCCCAGACCUUGGCAAUGUGUGCGUUUAUGUGUGGCUUUGCUGCUGAGGUGGCUUGCAUCGCAUCCACAUGGCCGCGCACAUGCUUGUGUGGAUUGAUGUGUGUUUGCAAUGGGUUUGAAACACAGCAGCCUGUAUCUAUGUGGCUGCAGUGUGAGUGAGGUUGAUCCUCGUACGACAGUUUGCAAUGUAUUUGAACUAAGAAGCAUCUGGUUUUGUGCUUCCAUCGCUCAUCUAACUUUGGCUGUGUAUUUGUUGUGUAUGCAUUUGAAAUAAACAGAUACUCGUACGUA